AAAGGAGCCGCGACGCUCUCCUGGCUGCGUCGGCGCAGACGGCGUUCUGAGAGGGCUGCGGGCGGCCAGGGGCCUCCCGGUGACUGACCGCGUCCCCAUCCCCGUCCCCGCCCCUGGGGCGGCCCCGCCGCCGUCUGGGAAGGGAUGCGGAGAAGCCGUGUCCCUGUCCUGCCCUCAGCCUCGCGCGCCGCAGAGCCGAGCCCUGGACGCGCAGCGGCCGGAACGUCCGGCUCAAAAUGUGCAUCUAACAUGCAAGUCAAGCUCAGCAGACGUCUUUGGACUGCGCUGCCCUGUCCUCAAGGAUCCAGUCAUGUGGGGCUUGGGAGGGCUCCUCCUGUGGCUGCUGCUCCCGCCCCUUCCCCUGCCAGCGGGCGCCGCGGAGCAUGAGGAGGUGGCGAGGCAAGCCAUCAAAUUGCACCGGGGCAGAGGGGCGGCGGCCACCCAGGGCCGGCGGUGGGUCCUGGAUGGGUGCAGGAAGCUCUCUGGGCUUCUUCGCCAGAAGACUGUGGUUCUUAACAAACUGAAAAAUGCAAUCAGAGCCGUGGAAGCUGACGCCAGCCUCUCGGAUGAAGAGAAGCUGUUCCAGGUGCACACGUUUGAAAUCUUCCAGAAAGAGCUGAAUGAGAGCGAAAACUCAGUCUUCCAGGCCAUCCACGGCCUCCAGAGAGCCCUGCAGGGGGACUACAGGGACGUGGUCAACAUGAAGGAGAGCAGCCGUCAGCGCCUAGAGGCCCUGCGGGAGGCGGCCAUCAAGGAGGAGAUGGAAUACGUGGAGCUUCUGGCAGCAGAAAAACGUCAAGCUGAAGCCCUUAAACACCUGCAGCAUCAAAACAAGAGCUUAUCCAUCCUUGACGAGAUCCUGGAAGACGUGAGGAGGGCGGCCGACCGCCUGGAGGAGGAGAUAGAGGAGCACGCCUUUGAUGACAACAAGUCGGUCAAAGGGGUUAACUUUGAGGCGGUUCUGCGGGUGGAGGAGGAGGAGGCCAGUUCCAGGCGGAACCUCACCAGACGGGAGGUGGAGGAGGACCUGGGCCUCAGCAUGCUCAUCGACUCCCAGAACAACCAGUACAUUCUCACCAAGCCCAGGGACGCCACCAUCCCGCGGGCGGACCACCACCUCAUAAAGGACAUUGUCACCAUUGGGAUGUUGUCCUUACCUUGUGGCUGGCUGUGCACCACAGUAGGACUGCCCACCAUGUUUGGAUACAUCAUCUGUGGUGUGCUCCUGGGACCCUCGGGACUCAACAGCAUUAAGUCGGUCGUGCAGGUGGAGACGUUAGGAGAAUUUGGCGUGUUCUUUACUCUCUUUCUCGUUGGCCUAGAAUUUUCCCCAGAGAAGCUGAGAAAGGUGUGGAAGAUCUCCCUGCAGGGGCCCUGCUGCAUGACGCUGCUCAUGGUGGCCUGUGGCCUGUUGUGGGGACACGCUCUGCAGAUCAGGCCCACUCAGAGCGUCUUCAUCUCCACCUGCCUGUCCUUGUCCAGCACGCCCCUGGUGUCCAAGUUCCUGGUGGGCAGCGCCCGCAGCGAGAAGGAAGGCGACGUGGACUACAGCGCCGUGCUGCUCGGAAUGCUGGUGGUGCAGGACGUGCAGCUGGGGCUGUUCAUUGCGGUCAUGCCCAUGCUCAUCCAGGCGGGGGCCGCCGCACACUCCAGCGUGGCCGUGGAGAUCGCGCGGCUCCUGGCCCUGGCCGGCCAGACCCUGCUGUCGCUGGCCGCGGUCCUGCUGCUCUGCUUGGCCAUGAGGACGUUCGUCGUGGGGCCGUACUGCCGCAAGCUGCACGCGGAGAGCAAGGGGAACAAAGAGAUCCUCGUCCUGGGCGUCUCCGCCUUCACCUUCUUCAUGCUGACGGUCACCGAGCUGCUGGACGUGUCCAUGGAGCUGGGCUGCUUCCUGGCCGGAGCCCUCGUCUCCUCCCAGGGCCACAUGGUCGCCGAGGAGGUUGCAUCCUACAUGGAGCCCGUCCGCGACUUCCUGGCCAUCGUGUUCUUCGCAUCCAUAGGUCUUCACGUGUUCCCCACCUUCGUGCUGUAUGAGCUGUCCGUCCUGAUGGUGCUCACGCUGUCGGUGGUCGUCGUGAAGUUUGUCCUGGCAGCCCUGGUCCUGUCCCUCCUCCUGCCCAAGACCAGCCAGUAUAUCAAGUGGAUCGUGGCCGCGGGGCUGGCCCAGGUCAGCGAGUUCUCUCUGGUCCUGGGGAGCAGAGCACGCAGAGCCCGGGUCAUUUCUCGGGAGGUGUAUCUCCUCAUCCUAAGUGUGACCACGCUCAGCCUCCUCCUGGCCCCGGUGCUGUGGAGGGUGGCCAUCGCCAGGUGUGCGCCGAGACCAGAGAAGCGGUCCAGCCCCUGAGCACCCAUGGGGCCCGGUGGACAUUCAGGGUCUGUUGCCCACGUCCUGCGACCUCCUACGUCGGGGACUGGGCCCUCCGCUCACAGGUCCUGGUGUCACUGCUGAGUUUCAGAAUCUCCCAAACAAGCUGUCGCGCUCA